AUGGCGACCAGGAGCGUGUCUCCCGGAGGGGCGCUCCUCCGGGCCUCGCGCAUGUUCUCACUGCCGGCCCCGAUCCCAGCUCCGCCAGACGAUGGCGCGGCCGGCAACUUCUUCUCCAACACGGCGACCCUGGCUUUCCCGACGCAUCAGGUCAUCACCACGUUGAACUCUGCGCGGAAGCAGGGAGACUGGGGUCUGAAGCGCCCACUACCCCUAAAGUCCACGACCAAGUCCUCGAACCCGAUGAUACGCGUCAAGGCCAUCGACACCAUCGAGCAGGUGACCGACUUCACCUCGGCAACAGACCACGGCAUGACGCUCCGGAAAUUCCAAGAACUGGGGAUGCCCAUCACGAUGCGCAAACAUGGGACUGAUAGCAGCACAAGUUCAAUGAGUCUUCCGGAGAAGUCUGUGUUCGAAAACCAGUAUGACUUCACCGACAUCCACCCGGACGAGCGCGCCGAGGCCCUCGACAGGCGGUGGAAGUUUACGGGCCCCUGGCUGGCUGGUAUGUCGCCAGGCGAGUUCAACGAAUGGCUGGCCAGGGAGGUCAGGCCAAAGCGACCGCAGUUCCGUGAGUUCCUCAAGAAGAUAAUCGCCAGCGAGAUGCACGGCACUCUCGCCAGGGCGGCGUUGGACAGGGGGGAAUCCCCGCCACCCGCGAUCGACCCGACCUCGGUGACGGACGACCAGUUGAUCGACUACGUGCGGAAGCUCCGGCACAACAACCAGGCGCUCUAUGACAUGGUCGGCCAGUUUUUGGACCUGGCGCCAUUGAAGCCGCCAACAACAGCCCAGAUUGGCCUUCCCUCCCACAACACCAGCAAGGUGGAGUACCGCGAGGUCAGCAAUCCGUAUGCCGAGCACGGCCCGCCCAUCACACACCCCUCCGCCGGUAUCUCGUAUCUGCGCUCGUCCAUGUACAUGGAGAACCACCCGAUUUACGGACCGCAGAAGCAGCACUCGGCCGUGGUAGCCAGAAUUGUCAGACCCCGCCGGCAGGCGCAAGCCGUAGCAGCCAAGCUCGGGUUGGCCGGCUUCAUCGUCGACACCCCGCUGGGCGACACAGCCGCCAACAGUAAGAGUGCCUCGAAGGAGAUCUACGACCGGAUCGACCCAACCAUCGUGGGCGGCGCCAAGGUCUGGGUGCAGCCCCAGAAGGCGAGGGUGGAUUCCAAGGGGCGGGUGAUUCUGACCGUCAGCGAGGCGUCGGCUGAGGCCACGCUCGUUGCGCAGGAGCUGCUUGGGAACGCCACCUGCUUGGGUGCGCCGCGGGGCGAGAACGAGCUGAGCAGACGCGAGAUGACGGCGGGCAGUCUCCGGGCGCGGUACAGGGCUGCCGCUGCCCCGACUAUGUCCAGUGCGCAGGAUUAUGGGCUGCUGCAAUGA